CUCACGAGGAUUGUUCCACCCAUUGUGCCAAAGGACGUUGUGCAGUUGCCAGUGACUCCCAAACUUUGUGCUCCUCAUUCCCAAACUUUGAUGGAACCACAGAGUGUAAAGCUGAUAUUUGCACUCUCGAGUGUCCGAUGGAUAAGGUCAUCAUUGAUCCAAACGUCAGACCUCCUUUGCUUAGUUCUUUAACUGUUCAAUGCGAGUUUGUCAAUGGCUCUGGGCAAUGGAUCUUUGAUAAAGAACGGGUGUUGAGUGAUCCCAAGUGUGUUCCGAUUCGGUGCACGAUAUGUGAUGACAACUCUUGCAAGGAAUCCGACCUUUGUGGCAAAUCCUGCUCUUUGGACCAUGUUCCAACCCACUUACAAGUGAUCCAAACCAAUGAGGAUGGUUCAGCAGAUUUCUCAUGUAGGUCCGUGAACCACCGGCUCGUUCAGUACUUUUGGAACAAGAAUGGAAAUGCGAUAGAUUCGUUUCUAUGCUUGGGCUCUGUUUUCACAUCCCGAUGCGAAUCUGCAGAGACCUCCUCAACGCCCUCGUGGUCCAAAUUGAGUGGCUCACAAAUGCCAAUAUGUGCAAAAGGAUGUUCCCCAAACAAGAGUAAUUGCCAAUGCUCGGCAUUGGAUUUUUGUCAGAGGAAAUGUGCCACUUGCAUUCCCGACUCAUUUGAGCCAUGUUCCAAAGGGAACAGAUGUUCAGAUUGGUCCAAAUCUUGCGAUGUCAACCCGAGGCUGUCUCAGUGGCAAUGCUUGCCCAAAUGUAAGACUCGGAUAUACCAAGGAACCGUCCGGAGAGAGCUAAACGGUCGCUCGGUCCUACAAUGUGACUUUCAUUUUGCCGUGGAUCAUUUCAAGGCGCGUGGCCCAAAGACAUUUGUGACUUGUUCCUAUUCCACUUGCCAGCCUAUGUGGACUUUAUUAGACCCUGAGCACGUGCAAAAACCGGCUAAUUGUGCAUUUGAUCCCGUUCCUUGCGAUCUUAAGGAUUUAAUGUUCAUCCCAAAUGCUAGGAUCCAUUUCCAAAAUGGAACUCUGAGCCCUAAGGCUCGACGAUUUACCCGACAACGAGCUCAAGUGAGGUGCAACAGUUUUCAUUUGCUCAAAGUCUAUGGCAAGGUUUUACUCGAGAACUCAAAAAUGGUCCAGUUGUCUUGCCAAUCCGUAAAGGGUGUUCCCGAAUGGACCUUGUCGGAUGGAACGCCUUUCCAAGUGGGUAAUCUUCGUUGUGAAGAGGGAUGCUUGACCAAUGCCGAUUGUCAUAAAGAAGGGUACUAUUGUGAUACACAAACCCAUUUGUGCGUUCACUCUCCUUGCCCCAAAGUGGUUCCCCAUGGAGAUAUUAGAUUUGUUGCCACUGAAGGUCAACUCGUAUGCCAUUCUGGACAUGUGAUAUCAUAUCCAAGGGUCCUAGUACAAAAGGCAUUUAUUGCCUGUCAACAACAAAACAGAUGCGACAUCCUUCCAACUAAACAGGCUCUAAUCAAGUGCCAACAUUAUCAGGAGGAUUCUGGCCAUUGGAUGCUCGCUAUUCAACCUCCAAAUCAGGCAAGAUCUUGGCUUUAAAUAAUCCCCUUCCAU